AUGCCAGCAGAUGGAUUAUGUGCUGAUUUAACAUGUGACAAAAAUAUAAAACAUUUAUAUGAAUGUCAUUGUUGUUCAAGUCUGAUUUGUUUCCAGCAUUUAAAUGAACAUAUUGAAGCAACACAAGGAAACAACGAACAAUUUGAAAGUCUUCGAAAUGAAUUAAAAACAGUUGUUGAUACAUUUAAAGUAAUUGUCGAAGAAAAAUUACUAAAUAUUGAACGUGAAAAGAGCUUAAUUGAAAAAGCACAAAAAUUACUUGAUGCAAAAACUGGUUCAAUUGAUGAAGUUCAGAUAAUUUUCGAAGAAAUCAAAGAAGCGAUUGCAUUGAGUCAAUUAGAUGGAAUUAUUAAAGUUGAACCAGCAUUACAGAAUACAAAAAGUUGUUCUUGUAUUUGUAAAUGUGGAAAUCAGAAUGAUGAAUUCUUAUUGAAAAUUACUUCACCACCAUCAAAAUCUCUUGUUCACCAAAAUUUAACAGAUGAAACAAACACAUCAAUGAUGACAACAGACGAUGAAUAUUCAAUGUGUGAUACCAGUGUCACUCUUGAUUGUAUUUUGCUUGAUCGAACAACGGUUUCUAUCGAAGAUGUACACAUUGUUAAAGAACAAAAUAAAGUGAAAUCAGGGUUACUCAAAGGUUUACGUGGUUUUUGUCCAUUAACAUUUGAUGGGGCAUUUGGUCUUACAGCUGCUAAUCAUUCAGUGCGCUUUUGUUCAAACAAAAAAAAUCGUCCAAUAGGAUUAUAUGAACAUUUUAUAACUAAACAUCGAUUACAACCAAUUUAUAUUCGACGUUUACUUAAAGCUAUUUCAAUUAAUGAAGAUCCAAGAACAACAAAACUCUUCGAUGAAAGCGAAGAAGUGGUUAAUCAAUUAUUUAAAAUUCCAUGUCCCUUCAGUAAGGAUAUGAUUCAUUCAUUUCGAGGUUCUGCAAAAGACAUUCGCAGAAUACCAUGCCACUAUUUACGAAUGCCAGAUUAUGCAUUACUCCAUCAUUUACAAUAUUAUCACCAUGUUACCGAGGGUGUAGCACAAACAUUAGUUAAUCAAUCAAAAGAAAUUCAAAUGGAAAAACUUAAUUAA